AUGACAACACCCAACGCCAGCUUGCAUACCUCUACGAGCACAAGCACACUACGUCCUAGAAAUGCGAGACUGAUUUCGUACUUGGACGAAGAAGUAGAAUCACAGACAUCGACGACAGGAGCGGCAUCUGGCUCAUCAGCCGUCGCCCCUCUCUUCACAGAUCGAGGGCCAUCACCAGUCAUCAGCCGUAAUCGAUCGCGCGAGAAGGCUGCCCACUCAUCUAACAGCGGUACAAGCUCGCGCAAGGUCUCUGACGAGAGGCAAAGGAGCGUCACCAACGAUGUAUGGUCCUCGUGGACUAGUAUAGCCUCCUCCCUGCUGGGUGGGGACACAACAGCAUCAAAGGGAAAGAGUAAAGCAAGCCACGUACAACCGAAAUGGAUGAAGCAGGAUCGUCCAUACGCGUCUUCUCCCACAACACCACACUGGGGUCCGAAAGUCGAUGGUCUGGACAGCGUAGUUGCUAACUCGCUAGAAGAAAGGCAGGCCCUAUUGCAAGCGAAGAAACGGGAGGCUCUCCUGCUUGGAAGCGCUGAGCAGGCGCGCGAUGCAAGCGGCAGGUUCAAGAGAAGGGACUCAGAUGCGACUGUCAUCGUGCCUUCUCGAGACGCGUUAGAUCAGGAUGCGCUGGUAUAUGCUCACAAGAUACAGAAGAACGAUACGAUGGCUGGUGUCAUACUGAAAUACGGCUGUCAGCCAGACGUCUUUCGCAAAGUCAACCGUUUCUGGCCCAACGACAAUAUUCAAGUCCGCAAUCACGUCUUUCUGCCAGUCGACGCCUGCAGCAUCCGUGGGAAGAAGGUCGAUGGUCCUCACUCCGCAUCAGAUCUGUUGGGACCGGCCCUCGAAGACCUCGCAAAGACCACGUCACCCGGCAAAGGGGGGCUGAAACGUAUGGGCACGCAUUCUGCUGCUCGAACGCCUGAGCAGCCUUCCUCUCCGGCACCUGAACCAUUCCCACUAUACAACUCCUCCGACGACAACGACAAGCCCGAACUACAUCACGACUCCUGGGUCAGCGUACCCAACUUCCCUGAGCCUAUCGCAAUCUUGCGAAUGCCACGCUCAAGUCUCGGCUACUUUCCGCGCGCACGCCGGAAAUCUAUGACUAAGACAAUGUACAGCGAUGCUUCACCCAGAACCUCAUUCGACAACCUCCGCCAUCCUCCUUCACAUGCGGCGCAGAUGUCGCUUUCGCAGUCACUCACCGGCUCGCCCGUCCGUCACUCAACGUUUGGACCACAGACACAACGCCCACCAUCCCUCACGCGCCAGCGCUCUUCCUCGACCGCCACCAGCAGGACGGCAACUUCGUUCACAGCUCAGCAGCAGCAACCCUGGUCCCUCGCCGGCCCAGGCGGCGUCGGCACGCUUCGCGGCCUGCGCACCGAGCCUUCUCGUCCCGGUCCUGCUGAAGACUCCCUGAACAGGACCUUCAAAGCAUACUUCCCUGAUCUGGCCAUUACAGAUCCGCAACAAGCUCUUGAUGCAGCGAGGUCGCUGGCGCCGCACCCUUCGUCGUCAUUCCAGCGAACGCGGACACCGAGCUAUCGCGGCUCGCCGAGGGUGAGUAUGGAUUCGACGAGGAGCGUGAGGAGUAAUAGUUCGGGGAUUGCGGAUCUGUUGGGGGUUGGGCCGGAGGGGUGGGUGAGGAAGAUUGGAGGGAAGAAGGGUAAGAAUGGCAACGGCGCAGGCCAGUCAACUAAUGUGCCUGCUGGUAUGGUAGGAGGCGGAACAGGGAUGGAAGACCUGAUUGAGCUGGAAAUGACGCCGCAAGAGGAGGUGGAGCGAUUGAGGUGGGAUGUCAAUAGCGGUAGGGAUGGGGAGGAUAAUCUGCCCACGCCAACGUCGGGAUUGAUGCCUCCGCCUUCGAGGCCUGCUGUGCCGGGAGGAAACAGUGAGGCAGGAGGAGGUGGUGCGGAAGAUAGCAAGAGUGAGCAAGAGAUGCUGGAUGAGAGGUUUCCUGUCAGAGGACGUGUGAUGGGCGCCUACCAGAAGCCGAAAUGA